AUGCCAGAGAAGGUGGAGAGUAGUGAGCUGCUUGCCGAGGACCACCAGGCGACACCGAGACAGUGGAGAUGUGAUCCACCUCUUUUUCCUCUGUGCACGCCCAUUCCUUCUGCUGAAAACAGCUAAGCCUGCUGUUUGGAUUUUUUAGGAUUCUGGCCCCAGAAGGACUUCUCUAAGGUACAAACUGACCUCACAUUAGGAAGCAUAUUACCCAGACCCUGGCAGGCUUUAUAGCUUCUGGACUGCUGUUACAACAGUUCUUAGGAAGCACGAGUCUCUCCCACGCCAGCAUCUGUCCAUGCUUGCUGCUACCAACACUGAGGAAGACCCGGUAAGGCUCCAGCCCUGGACGUCCUGAACUGCCUGAACCCUGAGGCUGCAAAUCCUGUCUCCACACACAUUUUAUAGGUAUCCAGGAGCACUGAGGCAGUGGAAGCAGCCAGGAGGAGAAUCAAGAGAAAACCUAAAAUUUUCAAUAUUCAAAAACACCGUGGUGGUGGCUGACAUAGAGAACACUGACUUCGCUAAAAAGCUUUAUAAUUGUUGCACUAAUUUGUUUUGUCUCUGUGGGCCAGCCAAGGAGGGAUCAGUACAUAUUCAGAGCACGGGGAGAAUAUACAUGAGAGCCUCAGAGGCCAUUUUGCUUGGCUCUGACUUACCCUGACUCUCCAGGGAAGCAGAAGGGAGGAACAUCCCACCAUCCAGGUGUGGCCAGACUUUGACUAUUAUUGCAAAUUCCCAGGAGUUACCUCAGUCCCUGCCCACGUAUACACUGAGCCUUAGUUGUGGUGCAACUAAAACUUUUAGCUCAAGGAGAGCUAUAGAAGAGGAGAUAGGAUGAGGCGGGAAGAGGAAGAAGAGGAGAGAACCAGGAUGAAGGCAAAAGGGGACUUAGAGAUGAAGGAGGAGGAGGAGACUGGUGAGAUGGGAGAACUGGUUGGCCCUUUUGUGAGUGCCACACCCACCCCAAUACCCCACAACAAGGGGACUCGGUUUUCCGAGGCAUGGGAGUAUUUUCACCUGGCCCCCGCUCGUGCUGGGCACCACCCCAACCAAUACGCCACUUGCCGCCUGUGUGGCAGGCAGGUGAGCCGUGGCCCUGGGGUUAAUGUGGGCACCACAGCCCUGUGGAAGCAUCUGAAGAGCAUGCACAGAGAGGAGCUGGAGAAGACUGGCCACGUGCAGGCAGGGCAGCGCCAGGACCCAAGGGCCCAAGGGUCCCAGUUCUCCAUGGGCAUCGAGGGUGACUGGGCCAGACUCCUGGAGCAGGUGGGGACACUGGUUUUAUGGGCCAGCCAAAGAGAAAAGGAAGUUCUUAGGAGGGAGAGGGCAGUGGAAUGGCGGGAGAGGGCUGUGGAACGGAGAGAGCGAGCCCUGGAGGAGGUGGAAAGGGCCAUCCUGGAGAUGAAAUGGAAGGUGAGGGCCGAGAAGGAGGCCUGCCAGAGAAAGACAGAGCAGCCUGCAGCAGACCAUCCCUUCCAUUUCGUUUAACUUGGGCUUGGGGGAAUCUAUUCUGAAACAUUGACUUUAGACUCAUAGCAAAGAGCCAUUUUAGUUUCAGCUUAAAUAUAUAUUAAUAGCAAAGCAAUUUAGUGAGGUUUUGUUUUUUUAAGAGAAAGAGUGCAUAGUAUGGGUUAAUCUCAGCAGGUCUGAAUUGACCAAAUGCUCAUCUAUAGGGUUCCUAGAGCUGUGCUGACCAAAACUUUGAAAUGUACUGAGUAAAGAUAAAUGUUGUUUUGCCA